AUGGCACCUGGUAAUUCAAAAGUAACGGUACCUCCCAUCAACUGCAUCUUCAACUUUCUUCAACAACAGAGUGUAGUAACAUUUUGGCUUUACGAACAAGUCCAGACCAGGAUAAAGGGUAGAAUAGCUGGAUUUGAUGAAUUCAUGAAUGUGGUAAUUGACGACGCUCAGGAAAUACCAGUUGACACAAAGACCGGUUUAGAAAUACCCGAACAAGCUACAACACUAGGUCGUAUCCUACUGAAGGGCGAUAAUAUUACACUCAUAACGCCAGCGGCAGAAUAA